CCCCGCGAUUGGCUGCCCGGGAGGCGGGGGCAGGGCACACGGCGCUGCGUGGUUCCCGUGGCCCCCCUCUCCGACCGCUUGUUUGGCUGCUACCGUCACCUCAUGGCGACGCGAGUAGAAGGGGUAGCGCGGGGAAGAGGCGGCGGCGAAGAGGCUACAGAGCCGGGACGGGGCGGCCGGAGGCGCAGUCCGCGGCAGAAGUUCAUAAUUGGCACAAUGGAAGAAGCUGGAAUUUGUGGCAUAGGCGUAAAAUCUGAUAUGUUAAGCAAUGCUCAGCGAAAUGAUAUUCUACAACAUCAGGAAUCUAAUUGCCAUGAUUCAAAUAGCAAAAAAUCGUUAGAGGAGGUUGAAGAGAGUAACUUUUUAACCAAGAGCAGAAAUUUAGUCAGCACAGCAUAUUGCACACGAGAAUCAAGAGAGGAAACACCUGGUCGAGAAGCUCGGACAGAUCCACCGGAUGGUCAGCAAGAUAUAGAGAGUGACAAAAACAAAGAAAAAACUUUAGGAAAGGAAGUUUUAUUGUUGAUGCAAGCCUUAAAUACCCUUUCAACUCCAGAAGAAAAAUUGGCAGCCCUUUGUAAGAAAUAUGCUGAUCUUCUGGAGGAGAGUAGGAAUGUUCAGAAGCAGAUGAAGAUUCUUCAGAAGAAGCAAGCCCAGAUUGUGAAAGAAAAGGUCCACCUGCAGAGUGAGCACAGUAAGGCUAUUCUAGCGCGAAGUAAAUUGGAAUCUCUGUGCCGGGAACUUCAGCGUCAUAAUAAGACAUUGAAGGAAGAAAAUAUGCAGCAAGCACGAGAAGAAGAAGAAAGACGCAAAGAAGCAACUGCACAUUUCCAAAUUACUUUAAAUGAAAUUCAAGCUCAGCUGGAACAACAUGACAUUCAUAAUGCUAAACUUCGACAAGAAAACAUAGAAUUGGGAGAGAAAUUGAAAAAACUUAUUGAACAAUAUGCAUUGCGGGAAGAGCAUAUUGAUAAAGUGUUCAAGCAUAAGGAACUACAGCAGCAACUUGUGGAUGCCAAACUUCAGCAGACAACACAGCUCAUAAAAGAAGCUGAGGAAAAACAUCAAAGAGAGAGAGAGUUUUUGGUAAAAGAAGCCACAGAGUCGAGGCACAAGUGUGAACAAAUGAAGCAGCAGGAAGCACAACUCAAACAGCAGCUUUCUCUUUAUAUGGAUAAGUUUGAAGAAUUCCAGACUACCAUGGCAAAAAGCAAUGAACUUUUUACAACCUUCAGGCAGGAAAUGGAAAAGAUGACCAAGAAAAUUAAAAAACUGGAGAAAGAAACAAUAGUCUGGCGCACUAAAUGGGAAAACAACAAUAAGGCACUUCUGCAAAUGGCUGAAGAGAAAACUGUUCGAGAUAAAGAAUACAAGGCAUUUCAAAUAAAACUGGAGCGUUUAGAGAAGCUGUGCAGGGCUCUCCAAACAGAAAGAAAUGAGCUCAAUGAGAAGGUGGAAGUCCUUAAGGAACAAGUCUCUGUGAAAGAAGCAGACAUAGAUCAAACUGCGCCUGUGUUACAACCAUGCACUCUUCUUGAUUCCCACAAAAAGCUGAAAACUCCCUCUAAAAAAGAAAUGAGGAUUCCCUUAGAGGCUGAGCACAAUGCAACAGAUGAAGGCGAUGGUUUUCAAGAGACUGUGUCCAUGAGUUCUGUUCCUGACACUGAUUCAGUUGACUAAAAUGAAGUGUAAACACUGUAUUGAGAGAUAUAUUUUGUGUAUAACUUUCUCUGUUGGUGGUAACUAUUGGUUUUGUGGUGAAAAUUUUCUUACUUUUUCUACCAUAUCUGUAUUUUCUUAGAACUACUGGACUUAUGUGGUACAGGAAGCUGCCUAGCAGCUUUUGAAUAGUUUUAAUCUAUAAAUUUUCCAUAACUGUGUUGCA